CGUAUUGUAAUACCACAGAAGAAGUCGAUUUGUUGACAUCCCACUCCUAUCUGACAGUCCCUGCCGAGUGUCUGUCGUUCUCGCCUCCCGAAAAGAGAUGAAGAAGCUUUUCGAUGACUUCAAGAAGGACAUCAAAUUCAAAUCGGCGGGCCAAGGGAAGAAGCUAACGGAAGAUAGCAAAGGUGCACCUGAGAGAGGGCAGAGGAGCUCCAGUGGAACGCAGCAUCACCGCGAUGCUCCCAGCGAGGGAUCCCAACGAGCAGGAGCGGCAGCUCUGGCCAGGAUUGAACAGCACCAGCGGCCGAAGGUCCACACCUCCCAGAUUGCCAUCAGGAACCAAGUGAAACGAGAGCUGGAGGCCGAAGCCGCUGCUGUGGCAGAAAGAGACAGGGCGACAACUGCAGAGGGAACCGACAUUGCCGUGAAAGAGAAUCUCUCGGUGACUGGCGUGUAUUUCACCUGCCCGCUAACAGGAGCCAUCCUAACAAAGAGCCAACGGGAUGCCCACAUAAAAGAGGCCAUUUUUAUGCGGUUUGAGGAGGACGACGUGGAAGCAUCCGUCAUGAUGAUUCACACGUUCAACAAAGACAAAGAGAAGGUGAAAGCAGCAGUGGACAUCAUAAGCAAAUAUGUGGAAAAUAUUUGUAAGAAUCCUUCAGAAGAGAAAUACAGGAAGAUUAAACUAAGCAACAAAGUCUUUCAGGAAAAAGUGCACUGUGUGGAAGGCACGAGAGAGUUCUUGCAGGCUCUUGGAUUUACAAGCACGAUGCUUCCUGUCGACGGUCAAGAAGAAGAAGAGGAGUUCCUGGUGUUGCCCGAGCAGAGUUCCGACGCCCUGGAGCUGAUGAAGGAGCGGCGGGAUCGUUUGCAGCGCGGCGAGCCCGUCAGAGCGCAACUGGACCGUCAGGCUCAAGCCUUCCGACCGUCGAACAACGCAACCCGCUUUGAGCUGCCGUCUGAGUUCUACAACCUGAGCGCCGAGGAGAUCAAGAGGGAGCAGCAGAUGAGGAGUGACUUAGUGGAGAAGAACUCCGUACUUCGUACCAAAGCCAUGAGGGAGCGAGAUGAGCAAAGGGAGAGGAGGAAGUACAACUACACUCUGCUCCGCAUUCGGUUACCCGAUGGAACCCUGCUCCAGGGGACGUUCUACGCCUGGGACCGACUUCCGGUGCUGUUCAGCUUCGUGCGAGACUCCCUGGUGGACGGCUGGCAACCCUUUGAGCUCAUCGCUCCCGGUGGUCACAAGUUGCAGGAGUCCGAGGACGUGGCUCUGGUCGAGUGCAACCUGGUGCCCACAGCUCUACUCACAUUAGCCUGGGAUGCAGCCGUGCAGGCAGACAUUGCGGCAGCAGGCGGUAAAAGCUCAGCCCUCCUCAAACCGGAAUUGCUGGAGACCAUUCGCAACUUGAGCUGAACCGAGCGAGCGCACACAGAGUCCAUGCCAACUUUCCUCCCUGGCAUCGCCGGCCGGGCAUGAAACUGCCCCUCACCAACUGUUACGCUCGUAUUUAUUACCGUUGUUGUUCAUCGUCUAACAAGCGCUAACUUUUGCUCACGGCAUCCAACAGACUAAAAGAGAAAGCGAUUCAUGUUUCCAUUUAAGCUUACUUGACAAUUAUUCAAACCGGACCCAAUCCGACUGCAUGUGUCAAUGUAGAAGAAGAAAAAAAAACAAGGUCUGUGAAUUGUUCUUGUUUGUAUCAAACAUCUACUAAAUUUCAUGCAAAAUCAAAAGAAAAUCCCGGUCACGCUUCAGUAUUUGAUUUAAUCUUGGACUUCAUCGUUUAACCCAAUGAUGUCUUUAUUUUGUUUUCAUGUACACACAAACACUCUAGGGGGGACUUAAUACACUUUAUUUUCUUCCAUCUAAUGGUGGAUAAAGGUGACAACUACCUCACAUUGCUUGUCUUUCUAUCAAACACUAACGUAGAUCUAGUGAGCCACGGGGCGAUGUGGUUAUAGUCACCUUAAUGCUAAUUAAUUAUUAAAUCCCCACAUUUCUCCAUGUGUUCUACGGUUUUGGAAAUGGGUGAGCGGUUUGUCAACCUGUUCUGCCUGAAAUAAACAAUUGCUUGCAUCAGGA